AUGCCUACCCCCGGUUCAAAGAAGCCACAGCGUCGGUUUCAAUUCAUUGACAAUAGUGAUGUCACCUCACUGGGGUCCAACUCCACCCAAGUACGGCGCCAUGUCAUGCAGGAAUACAUGAGGGAGAAGCGAUGGGAGGCUCGCACCCAGUCCAAUGCUGCCGAGGGAGAGCAAGCUCCGACUCGAAAAAAGCCAGAAAAGCCUGGAUCGCAGACACGAUCGCGCCAGCGAGGUCUACAGAGUGGAUUUUCGGUUGCCACAGGCUCUAGGCACUCAGGGAGGGUCAGCAACGGAAGAGUUGACGCAACGAGCGACCUAGAUGAGUCUGUCGAAGAGAUCGAUCGUCACACUCCCCAUCUUGUGGUGGGACGGUCGAAGCCUUCGACUGCCUUCCGCCUAGGGUCGAGGGCCUUUGCCAAGUUGGCAGAUAUGAUCCCCAACCCUGCAUUCACUCCGCCAUCCUCCACCAAGUCCAGCGAUUCAUCGUCACCUCAUAAACCCCGUUGGCCGUCGACCGGGUCGUCCUCUCUCAGCCCGGAGCCCCAGUCAUAUCUGAGUGCUGCUCGCACCGACCCGUUUGACGCUCUACCAAUGGAACUAAGCCCUCAAGACCAGGAACUUUUUGAUUUCUAUGCGAAUGUCAUGCCAGCGUGCUCGUACGGUUUUGAAAGACGUAGUCCACUUGCACACAAUUGGUAUCUGACGGUCUUCAUUCCCGAAGCCAUGAAAGGGGCUGUGUGUUUUCAGAACACCAUCCUCGUCCACGCCGCCAACACGCAGGCCUGGGUCCAAGGUCUUCCAGAGACACGUCUUGCUAUUGAGCAUCGGGCUAAAGCAUCGCAACUGCUCCUUCAUCACUAUCAGCAGUACCCACAUGACACCUCAGAUGCUACAAUAUCAGCCACGAUCUCUGCCGCGGCAUUGGAAGACUUUGACCCGCGCAUGGAACGCCGUGUAUACGCAUGGAUGCACUGGGAAGCGGUGGUGCAAAAGAUCAGGGAUCGGGGUGGACCUGCGGCGCUGGUUCAAAACAACAGACUACAGAUGCUGAUCAAUUGGUCCGAUUACAUCUUUUCGGGUUAUAAAGGCCACGGUGCUACAUUCUACUUUGACCAUCAGUCAUCGCCGCGUCACCUAACGGACCAAGAGGCGGAGGUUAUCGCCCGUGCUGAGAUCGCCGAGCAGUGUGACGAGUUCAUCACCUUCCUCAAAUGUGCCGAACAUCUUGCCCUUGUUCAAGCCGGCCUGCAGACCAACCCGAUCUCAAGAAGCCAGCAACCCUUGCGCUAUUCUGUCUUUUCACCUGGACAGCCUCUUUACAAUCUUCUUGCAAGCCCGAAUGGACCCCGCUACACGGAGACGGGACAGUUUAAACAGAUUAUUUCCAGGCUAGCUGCCUUGAUGACGAUCAACACAGCCAUUUGGGAGUACCGGCACUCGACGGAAUACAGCGAAGCGUUCUUUGCUGAGCUAAUGGACAACAUCAUGCACAACGAGCUGGAUCGACAUAUUUCAGUGGAAGCACUGAUACAAAUAUUACUGAGUGGGAGUAACAAUCCUGCCUUGUUGCAUACCGAAAGACCAUGGUUUGUUGGCAGAAUGCUGAAAGUGUCCAAGCGCUUGUCCCGACCAACUUUCGAGAGGCUGAACGACUUGCUCCUGAACUUCUUGUCGUUGGGGUCGGGGCUCGCGCCCGUCAUGGUGAGCUGGGAAGACGAGCUUCGCGCAGAGAUUCUGCAGGCCCCUUUGGUCAGCUAUCGGUCCCGCUUCAUGCUGGAACCACCAUGA